AUGGAUUCGAAGCUAGUUCUUCUUUUCGCCUUUUUUGGGGCAUGCAUGGCAGGAAUCCCCAGACAAAUGGAUAAACGAUCUCCAAACGCUUGUGGAGGAAGUUGUCCAGCUUUCUGCGCACCUGCAUGUAUUCCAAUGUGUUGUUACGCUCAACCAGCUCAACCACCACCACCACCUGGUCCACCAGGAGCCCCAGGACCAUUAGGUGCCCCAGGACCAUCUGGACCAAACGGACCACCAGGACCACCAGGGCCACCAGGACCACCAGGACUUCCAGGACCACCAGGACCACCAGGAGCUCCAGCUGGACCACCCGGACCACCAGGAGGACCAGGACCAAACGGACCACCCGGAAACCGUGGACCACCCGGACCACCAGGACCACAAGGACCAAAUGGACCACCAGGACCUAAUGGACCACCAGCUCCACCACCACCCCCACCACCACCACCACCACCACCAUGCCCAGCUAUCUGCAUUACCCAGUGUGUCCCAUCUUGCCCACCACCAUGUUGCCCACAGAAGAAGCAUUAG